CACAAAUAAUACAAUAAAAAUGGAGAAAAAAUUAUUGUUAAUCCAUAUUACGUUACUCGUUUGCUUAUCGCACUCAAUUUUCGCAAGUGCCUCUAAUAAUUUGAACAAUAUAAAUGUGUGGGAUCUCGUAGCUGGCGAUGACGAAGCCUUCGAACGCGAACUGAAGAAUGAACAAGAUGCCUUAACGCGGAAUCCAGCUGCUCAAAAUUUCACCGCCAGCACCAUAGAUAAGCACGGAUACCAAUAUGAGGAGUACGAGGUGACGACGCCCGAUGGAUAUCUCUUGACCAUGUACCGAAUUGUUGGAAAAGCAGGAACGACCCCUGAACCGGGACGAAAAGUUGUCUUUUUGCAACACGGUUUGCUCCAGUCAUCUGUCGAUUGGGUCCUUACAGGUCCCGGGCAAGCUCUUGGGUACAUUUUAAGUGAUGCCGGUUACGAUGUGUGGUUGGGAAAUGCUCGUGGCAACACAAAUUCACGGAAACAUUUGUACUUGUCGCCCAACAAGAGAGCCUUUUGGGACUUUUCGUGGCACGAAAUUGGACAAAUUGACUUGCCAACGAUGAUUAAUUUUGCCUUGGAAAAAUCAGGACAAGAAAAGUUACAUUAUAUCGGGCAUAGUCAAGGAACGACGUCAUUUUUUGUAAUGGGAGCUCUUCGUGGAAAAGAAAUGAUGCCGAAAAUUAUGUCAAUGCAUGCUCUUGCUCCUGUAGCCUUUAUGAGCCAUUUGAAAUCGCCCUUCAUUCGUGCACUUGCACCUUUCGUCUUUUCUAUCAAUUGGAUCACUUCUAUGCUCGGAAUUCACGAAUUUUUCCCCAGCAGCAAGAUGAUGAAGAAAGGUGGAUAUUGGGCUUGUCGCGAUGAAUCUAUUUUCCAAGAACUCUGUGUCAAUGCAUUGUUCCUCAUUGGCGGCUACAACAGCGCACAAAUGAAUCGAACAAUGUUACCGGAAAUCCUUCAACACACGCCCGCUGGAGCCAGUCGCCAUCAACUCGUUCACUACGGACAAGAAGUCAAUUCUGGCAAAUUCCGCAUGUACGACUACGGAAUGUUUGGCAACUUGGCCAAAUAUGGAAAUAUUAGUCCACCAAAGUACGAUUUGAGCAAGGUAACGGCACCUGUGGCAUUGCAUUAUGGUGACAAUGAUUGGAUGGCAGCCGUAAAAGACGUUGAUAAAUUGGCGAAAAAUCUCCCGAAACUCAUCGGAAAAUUCAGAGUUCCUGAUGCAAAGUGCAAUCAUUUUGAUUUUACCUAUGGAAUAAAUGCUCCUUCGCUGAUCUACGACAGAGUUAUGAGCUUGAUGAAGCGAUAUGAAGAUUAAGUUAGAAAUUAAAUUUAUAAAAGUAAAUUUUUUAUGCUUUUAUAUGUAAAGU